UAGAAGAAACAGAGGAAAGCCAAAGCCGUCGCGGAGAAAAAAGAGACGACGACGACGACGACGACGAUGAGAGAGACGGUGAAGUUGAUAAGCAUGGAAGGUUUCGAGUUCGUCAUCGACAGAGAAGCCGCUAUGGUUUCUCAUACUAUCCGCAGCAUGCUCACUUCUCCAGGUGGUUUCUCGGAAUCGAAAGAUGGCGUAGUGACAUUCCCUGAUAUUAGCACACCAAUUCUAGAGAAGAUCUGCCAAUACUUCUACUGGUCUCUUCAAUACUCCAGAGGCAAAGAGACAGAGUUCCACAUUGAGCCUGAAUUGACUCUAGAGCUGAUGAUGGCUGCUAAUUAUCUUCACACUUGAAGAACUAAAAGGGUGAACGCUGUUGAAUCUUGUUCGACUGGUAUAGUUUCUUGUAGGUGUGGACAAGAAUGUUAAAUCCUUGGAGCAGCUUGUGGGGUUUCAGUGGUUCAUGAAGGACUAUUGAAUAGCUCUGAGGGAAUGUCAUGUACUUCUUUACUAGUUGUUAGAUUUAACUGCAACAUCAUAAGUUCUUGUGGCAUUACUAGGUUACUUAUAUUUAAACAGCUUAACUAGCUUUGUAAUAAGCAACAAAUCAUUCUGUCCUAAUAAUUAUUGGUUUGAUGAUGUAUAACGA